AUGAAUGCGCUGCUCAACACCGGCAUCCUGCUGUUCUUGGCCUUCAACAUCUCCACCGGCGCCUACGCGAUUAUCACGUCGAGGACCGAGGAAGAGCUAGUGAUUCAGGCCGUUAAGGGAUCCGACGGCAACCCACUGCCGGUUACCAAGAGGAGGCAAAAGAAGAAUGCGAGAGAAAGGGACGACGAUUGCGGCAACCGUGGCUUCCUCUGGUCAUGCCUAACAGGGGUUGUGGCCUUGACCUUUGUCGCCGAUGGCGCGGCAGUCACGCUACAUGCCAUGAUGUCGAGCAGGAGUUCGGGACUGGACGAUGCGUGGCGGUGCGGCGAAGAGAGAAUUGUCUACAUUGUCGGCUGCGGGUUUUUCUAUCUCUACAUUUUCAUCACGGUCUUAGAGCGGGAACGCAACCCAGGCAUUGUCCACCUCAUCGUCUGGGUUCUCGGUCUCGCCGGGGAGUCGGUGAUCUCCGUUGCCUCCAUCCUCGUGAUGACCAGCAAGCAACACACGACCCUAGCCUAUCCCCCGGAGAAGGGCAUCGAGAUUUGGGACCUGGUCGAUUUGAGCAUCCCCGGCAUCCGCGUCUUCCUCUUGGUGUGCAUAAUCUGCCAUUAUGCCGCCGUGGUGAUGAGGCGUGUGGAGGCGCACAGGUUGGAGGCGUACAGGUUGGAGGCGAACGAAACGAGCCCGUUGCUGAACGGCUCCCAGGACCACUACGGAAGCGCCAGUUCCCCAGACGACCAGCGCCGUACGCAGCAGGACAAUGAGACUGCCUUUUAUAGGCCGGAGAAGCUGCCGCACAAGUCGUGGCUUGAAUACUGCCGCGGAUACUCGGUCUUCUUUCCCUACUUGUGGCCCAGCAAGUCGGCCAGGCUUCAGAUCGUGGUGCUUGUAUGUUUCGUUCUUGCCAUCCUAGAGCGGAUCGUCAACAUUCUGGUGCCUACGCAGCUCGGCGUUGUGACGGACGUUUUCAAGACGAAGAAGGGCGAUGCGGUGUGGCACACGUACCGGGCUCUGAUUACAGCAGCUUUUGAGCACGUCCACUCGCUCUCGUUGGAUUUCCAUCUCGGCAAGCGUACCGGAGAGGUGCUCUCUGCGCUAAACAAAGGCGCGUCCAUUAACCAGUUUCUCGAGCAAGUCACGUUCCAGGUGGUGCCAAUGCUAGCGGACCUCUUAGUGGCUAUCAUCUACCUUCAUAGCCGGUUCGGAGCCCUAUACGCCCUCUUCGUCUCCAUCAUUACGUUCUACUACCUGCAUCUGACCAUGCGCAUAGCUGCCACGAGGGCUGACCAGCGGCGUGACAUGGUCAACGCCGACCGAGAAGAAGAGGCUGUCAAAAACGACUCGAUCAUGUCGUAUGAAACGGUCAAGUACUACAACGCUGAGAGGAGGGAGUUUGGGCGCUACGGCGACGCCGUCAAGAAGUUUCAGGGCGCUGAGUCCAAGGUCACAUACGGUAUAAACUAUAUGAACAUGUGUCAAUCGGCCGUGUUUAUGUGCGGCCUGCUCGUCGCCCUAUUGACUUGCGGCUACCAGGUCUCGCGCGGCGAUAGGAGCGUGGGCGACUUCGUACUGUUGGUGACCUACCUUACCCAGCUGCAGGGCCCUCUCAACCUUUUCAGUACGUUUUACCGGACCGUACAGUCGGCAAUGAUCUCGGGCGAGAGAUUACUCGAGCUCUUCAAGAUCCAACCUAGCGUCGUGGACAAACCCGGUGUAAAGUCACUUCUGAAAUGCAGCGGGCACAUCAAGUGGAACAGGGUCAGCUUUGCGUACAACAAUCGCGGGCUGGUACUUAACAACGUGUCGUUUGAAUGCAAACCAGGCACCACAACCGCUUUCGUGGGAGAAUCUGGCGGAGGCAAGUCGACUAUCCUCCGCCUCAUGUUUCGCUAUUACGACUACCAGGGGAGCAUUGAGAUCGACGGCAACGACGUCAAGGGCCUGACGAUCGACUCUGUGCGCCGGUUCAUCGGCGUCGUGCCGCAGGAUCCUACCCUGUUCAACGAGACGCUGAUGUAUAACUUGAAAUACGCUAGGCCGAACGCGACGGACAAGGAAGUUUAUGACGCCUGCCGCGCCGCUGCUAUCCAUGACCGCAUCAUGGGGUUUCCCGACGGCUAUAACACGAUGGUUGGCGAGCGGGGUGUCCGGCUAAGCGGUGGAGAGAAACAGCGGGUAGCGCUCGCGCGCACCAUCUUGAAGGGCCCCAAGAUUAUCAUGUUGGACGAGGCAACCUCGGCUUUGGAUGGGGAGACGGAGCAACGGAUCCAGGACGAGCUCAUUAGUGGCAAGUUAGGCCAAGGCCGUACGCGGCUGAUUAUCGCCCAUCGGUUGUCGACCAUCACCCAUGCCGACCAGAUCAUUGUUCUGCACGACGGAUUUGUGGUAGAACGAGGCACCCACCCCGAGCUUCUCGCCCUCAAAGGUCGCUACGCUUCCAUGUGGCAGAAGCAUUGCCGGGCCGAGCGCGCGGCCGAGCAAGUGUCUGGAGGACAAGAAAUGCAGUGGCGAUAA